AUGGCGGAGAACGAAGUCAAACAGAUCGCCAGCAAGCUCGAAUCCCUCCGCGGCUCCCAACUCUCCUCCCAAGCACCACCUCUCCUUUCCCGCGCCAAACUCGCCCUCCUCCGCCUUAACGCCCUCGUCCCCAGCGAAGAAACACACAAGAGCCACCUCCACCUCGCCACCACCAUCCUCGAGCUUGGCGCGCUAAUAAGCAUCCGCCUACGAGACACGGAGAGCUUCACACGCUACUACCAACAGCUACAACCCUUCUACGCCAUCGAGGGAUCCGCGUGGUCGAGAUCACACGCGCAGAGUAAUCAGAGUAAAGUCACGGGAUUGUAUUUGCUGCUGUUGUUGAGUGUGGGCGAUUAUGCGGGGUUCCAUACAGUGCUGGAGGGACUGGAGAUGAGUGCGGGUAAUGAGAAGUUGGAGAAGGAUCAGUUCAUUCAGUAUCCUGUUCGGCUGGAGCAGGCGUUGAUGGAGGGCAGUUAUGACAAGGUGUGGGGUGAGACGAAGGGAGAGCAUUUGCCUAGUGACGAGUAUGCGGUGUUUUCCGAGGUUCUCAUCAACACCAUUCGUUCCGAGAUCGCUUCGUGCAGCGAGCGCGCCUACCCUUCUCUGCCUAUUGCCAACGCCAAGAACCUUCUCUUCCUCGACUCGGAAGGGGCAGUAGUACAGUUCGCACAAUCGCGUGGGUGGGUGGCAAAGGAUGGCAGGAUAUACUUCCCGCAGCAGGAAGAGGAAAUGCUCGCAGCUGAGAAGGACGUCAUGAGUGCCAGUGGUAUGGUCAUCGAGAAUACGCUAGGCUACGCAAGGAAGCUUGAGACUAUCGUGUAG